AUGUCUCUACGCCUAGUCUCCCAAGCUGCUCGCAGAAACUUUUCCGUUGUGCAAAGAGCUUCUUUUGCUGCGCAACGUGCCUUGAGAACUCCAUGUUUACCAGUACUAGCUCAUGGGUACUCCCAGAGAAGAACUUUCUUCUCUACUCCCAACAGAUGGGAUCAACAAAAGGAGAAUGUUCAUGAGAUUCUAAAAUCCGAGAUCAAGGUCGAGUCUGAAGUUGCAGCCGAUACUUCUGCUCAAUCAUUCCAAGAGUUCUUAGACAAAUUUGGUUUCUCUAUUGUGCAAACUUCAGGUAAGAAUUUGGCAGAGAUCACGAAGAAAACCGAUGGUGAGACCGUUCACGUUUUCUUUGACGUUGCUCAAGUGGCCAAUUUGCCAUAUGACAAUGCCUUGGCCGAAUCAGCUGCUCAAGAAGGUGAAAAUGCCAACGAAGACGACUACGAUUCUCUUUCUGAUAAUUUUGCUAACGUCAAUGUAGUGGUUGUCAAGGAUGCAGACCAAUCUUCAAUCUCUUUGGAACUCUUGAUGAAUUUGCAGGAAGGUUCUUUCUACGUUGACAGUGUCACUCCUUUCAAGAGUGCUCAAGAGGCCUUGGACCAAUCUGCUGAUGCAGAAGUUAAGAGAGAAUUGGUUUACCACGGUCCACCAUUUUCUAACCUGGAUGAAGAAUUGCAAGAAUCUCUAGAAGUCUACUUAGAGAGUAGAGGUGUCACUGAAGAAUUGGCCUCUUUCAUCGGUGCUUACUCUGAGUUCAAAGAAAACCAGGAGUAUAUCCAAUGGUUGAACAACAUGAAGCAAUUUUUCAACUAA